AUGCAGACGGUUUUCCCCAAAAUAGGAGAGAACAGUGCAGGGAGGAAACCGUCAGGGGAGGAACUGAUGUACUCGGCGAGAGCUAAGAUUGUAAAACCUCCGGGUGAAAAGCCUGAUGAGUUCGAGUCCUCAAUAUCUCAGAUGUUGCAGACUUAUGCCUAUAAUUUCACAGUUCACAACAUAUUGAUUUUUACAGGAGAUCGAUGUUGCUGGCAAGAAGGCCAUAAUUAUCUUUGUGCUGUACCACAGUUGAAAAGCUACCAAAAAAUCCAGACCCGUCUGGUGAGAGAACUUGAAAAGAAGUUCAGUGGAAAACAUGUAGUUUUCAUUGCACAGAGGCGUAUACUGCCAAAACCAACCAGAAAAACCAAGAAUAAGCAAAAGCAAAAGAGACCCAGGAGCCGCACAUUGACUGCUGUACAUGAAUGUAUAUUGGAUGAUCUUUGCUUUCCAUCAGAGAUUGUUGGUAAACGUAUCAGAAUAAAGUUGGAUGGUUCAAGACUCAUCAAGGUUCAUUUAGAGAAAACACAACAAACAAAUAUUGAGCACAAGUUGGACACAUUUACAGCUGUGUACAAGAAACUUACAGGAAAAGACGUUAACUUUGAAUUUCCAGAAUAAAUGCUUGUGUUUGUAAAGCUCUAAAUAAAUAAAGAGAAAAAAACUCAA